GCCGCGCCGCGCCCCCGCCCCCCACGCUCUGCCCCCAUCGCGCCGCCAGCAGCAGCAGCAGCAGCAGCAGCAGCAGGAGGAGGAUGCCCCGCUAUGAGCUGGCUUUGAUCCUGAAAGCCAUGCAGAGGGGUUGGUACAGUAGGCCUCACUAGACUUAGCUGCAGCUAAGAAUUUCUCCUACAUCAACAGAGUUAAUGCUGAUCUUGUGGAAAGUCGAUUAAAAGUGCGUGCUAAGUUCUCAAAUUUCCAUUUAAGAAGUGGAGAAAAUAAAUCUGUCUUCUCAAAGUGUACUACAACCACCACCAUCAAGACAGCAAAUCAAGGGACAAAGAAUUUGAUCUGCAGUAUUGAUAAAUGUAAACUGGUUCACAUAUUACUCUAAAGACUUCUUGGGGGGUGAAAAUUGGACAUCGUCAGUCAGAAGUCAUUUUGUUUAUAAAAAUGAGGGCUUCUUUGGAAACAGCAGACAUUGCCAUUGUGACACUAUACUUUGUGCUUGUACUGUGCAUAGGCUUUUUUGCCAUGUGGAAAUACAAUCGAAGCACCGUAAGUGGCUACUUCUUGGCAGGCCGUUCUAUGACAUGGGUAGCUAUUGGUGCAUCCUUAUUUGUGAGCAAUAUUGGGAGUGAACACUUCAUUGGGCUCGCAGGAUCUGGAGCAGCAAGUGGAUUUGCAGUAGGUGCAUGGGAGUUCAACGCCUUAAUGCUUUUACAGCUUUUAGGAUGGGUCUUCAUCCCAGUCUACGUACGGUCAGGAGUAUAUACCAUGCCUGAAUACUUGUCCAAACGUUUUGGAGGACAUAGAAUUCAAAUAUAUUUUGCGGCGUUGUCUUUGAUUCUUUAUAUCUUCACCAAACUUUCUGUUGACUUGUAUUCAGGUGCACUCUUUAUUCAAGAAUCUCUAGGUUGGAACCUUUAUUUGUCAGUUAUCCUGCUUAUUGGAAUGACUGCUUUGUUGACUGUGACUGGAGGUCUUGUGGCUGUCAUCUACACGGACACUCUUCAGGCUCUGCUUAUGAUUAUUGGUGCCCUCACACUGAUGAUCAUAAGUAUGAAGGAGGUUGGUGGGUUUGAAGAAGUUAAAAGAAGGUAUAUGUUGGCAACACCAAAUAUUACGUCAAUCUUGUUAACCUACAAUCUUUCCAGUACCAACUUUUGUCAUGUCCAUCCAAAGCCUGAUGCUCUUAAAAUGUUGCGUGAGCCAACAGAUGAAGAUAUUCCCUGGCCUGGAUUUCUGUUUGGGCAGACCCCGGCUUCUGUAUGGUACUGGUGUGCUGACCAAGUCAUAGUUCAGAGGGUUUUAGCUGCAAAAAAUAUUGCUCAUGCCAAAGGAUCCACACUAAUGGCAGGUUUUUUAAAGCUGUUGCCUAUGUUUAUUAUAGUUAUCCCAGGGAUGAUUUCACGUAUACUGUUUGCAGAUGACAUUGCCUGUAUCAGUCCCGAACACUGCAUGCAAGUCUGUGGAAGCAGAGCUGGAUGCUCUAACAUUGCCUAUCCACGUUUGGUGAUGAAACUUGUACCAGUUGGUCUGCGGGGACUUAUGAUGGCUGUAAUGAUUGCUGCACUAAUGAGUGACUUGGACUCAAUAUUUAACAGUGCCAGCACUAUAUUUACACUUGAUGUCUACAAACUCAUACGCAAGAGUGCCCCAUCUAGAGAACUAAUGAUUGUAGGAAGAGUAUUUGUCGCUUUCAUGGUAAUUAUAAGCAUUGCCUGGGUUCCAAUAAUUGUGGAAAUGCAAGGAGGCCAGAUGUAUCUCUAUAUUCAAGAGGUAGCAGAUUAUUUGACUCCACCAGUGGCCGCACUGUUUCUAUUGGGUAUUUUUUGGAAGCGUUGCAACGAACAAGGGGCAUUCUAUGGUGGAAUGGUUGGGUUUAUUCUUGGGUCUAUAAGGCUGAUAUUGGCGUUUAUUUAUCGUGUCCCUGAGUGUAACCAGCCUGAUACUAGGCCAGGCUUCAUCAAAAAUAUCCAUUAUAUGUAUAUUGCUACUGCUCUGUUUUGGAUCACUGGAAUUGUGACUAUUAUAGUAAGCCUCUUUACACCACCACCAACAAAGGAACAGAUUCGAACAACCACUUUCUGGUCUCUAAAAAUCAGAUCUGUAAAAGAAAAUGCUUCAAAAGAGGAUCCAUAUAAGGUACAAGAAAAAACCAUCUUGAAAUGUAAUGAAAAUGCCAAUCAUAUCUUGCCAAAUGGUAAAUCUGAAGAAAAUAUUAAAAAUAUUAAACCUGAGGAUAUAAAUCUUCUAGUUACUUGCAGAGAAGACAGCAACCCAGUGAUUUCUGUAAGUCACUCUGAAGUUGAAACACCAGUUGAUUGUUAUUCAAAUGGACAGGUGGCUCUCAUGGGUGAGAAAAAGCGUGAGGAAGAGACUGAUGAUCGAGAUAAACAUUGGAAAUUCAUAGAUUGGUUCUGUGGCUUUAGAAGUAGAAACAUGAAUGAAAGAGCCAUCCAAGAUACAGAGGAAGAGACUCUCUGUUUACAAAUGUUGGAAGAGACUCCAAAAGUUAAACUAUUACUAAAUAUUGGACUGUUCUGUGUCUGUUCACUUGGAAUAUUCAUGUUUGUCUAUUUCUCUUUGUGAGUGGUGAAGCUUUAAGGGUAUGGCUAAACAUACAGAAGCUGAUACAAGUCUCUCUGGAGAAUUUUAAAAAAAAUAUACAAAACUUGCAUCUCAGGCAUUGUUUACGCUAUAUUGUAAAAUCAACUUGUCAGCCAAUUUAAAGACCAUUUGAGAUGUGUAUUAUAUUAGCUCUGUUUAAAUAAGGAAGAAUGUGGUUUUUAGUGCAGUACUGCAAGGUGUAUGUGUGUGUGUAUACACCAAAGAAAGAGGGGGUGGCUGUUUUUAAGGAAGAACAUUAAGGUGCUCAGUCCAAUAUUAAAGUGAAAAUAAAAUUAAGUGUAUAAUUGGCAUUAUCAUGGCUGUCAGUCUAAAGAUAAAGAUACCCAUAUAUAGUUUAUCCUCUGUAUCGUACUCCUGCUAACUUGACCAACAUGUUGCUGCUUAAUUUUGCUUGCAGUUUUUCACUUUUUUUUAAAAUUACGUAUAAAAAAUGUGUGGUGCUUAAAUUCCACAAUUCAUUUAUACUCAACAAAAAGACAGCAUUCAGAAUGCUGUCAUCUCCUCAUGUAUUAUUUUGGAACAUGCGGUCACUCUCCAGCUGCCUUCUACUUUUCUCCAUAAGAUUAGAAACCAAACAUACUUAGUCACAGAUUUUAACUUUUUUUUUUUCCUCCUAUCCAAAUUAAACACUGGUAUGGUGAAAGAUUGAUAUAUAUUUUUGAGGGAUGGAUGUGAGCAAGCCUGAAAUUAUACACUGUUUAACUUUUUGUAAACUUUAGUUUAUGACCCUACUGAGGGCGCGGGUCAAAAAGGGAUGGAUACUGUACCUGAAUUUUCUAGUAAAUGUGGACCAAAACAAAUUCACUCCCACCCCAUUCCAAAUUUCUGUAACAUUUUUGCUGUGUACAUGAAUAGGGUUAGCCUCUCCUUAGGGAGCAAGCUCCAGAUGGAUGCUAUUGCUAGGAAAAGAGAUCUGCCCAAGCAUUAUCAAAGUGAAAACUCGAAUAUGCUUCAACUGGAUUUAAAAAAAUUAAAUACCCCUAAAGGAAAUCUCUAGCAACCCUAUCAUCAAGCUAGAUGCAGUGCAGUCUGUUAAAUGUUAACUAAUGUGUACUAUGGAUAUUUGUUUUAAAUUUCUAUUUUGGAAGAGGGAAGUGGAAGCAACAAAUAACAAGAGUCUGUAUUUAGCACAGUACUCUUUCUUUCUAACUUCAUCUGUUAGGAAAAGAAUAGUAUGAAGGAUUCCACAUGGGGAAGGAAGUGAAUGUAGUGGGCAGCUUCAUUAUCUUCAGCUGGGCUUUUUUUGAUGCGUAUGUGGAAAAGCAAAACAACUUCUUGUGCUUUAGCAAAGUGCCUUCAAAUUACAGGAGUGCACAAAAGAUGAGACUUUGAAGCUUUGUCCCCUAGGGGCUGUUACUGGAAACUCUAUUAAGGGUUUGCAGAAUUGGACACAGUUUAAUACCCAGUUUAAUUACCCUGAGUAGCCUGUUGAUUUUAAUGGGACUGCUAGCAGAAUAGUGUGCUACUUGAUGUGAGUAAAAAUGGUAGGUUAAUGGAAUCUGGGUUGAAUCUAAAUAUUGACUGCUGGAGGAAAAACAUCUUGCUGCAUAGAACUCCAGUGGGUCACUGAACAGCUCUUGGUAAGCCAACAAUAACUAGAUUAUCUGAUGGAACUGGUCAUUUACCGUACUCUUGAAAUAGCAAUUGAGGCUGGUAGGUCUGUGGAUUUGAAUAGAUGCCGAGAUGUUUCACAGCAACUACUGUUCAUUAUCAGCUUUGUUUCUAUCUUGCACUUGGAAGGUAGAACACUGUGGAUCGCAAUAGAGAGAUGAGCAUAUGAGCCAUGUUUGAAUAAUGUAGAUGACGGCAGUUACUGUACAUGGCUGAGGCUUGGUUUUGGUAGUGUUGUCAAUGUGUGUAAAAGUUGUUGUUUAAAUGGGUUGCUUCACACAGAAAAAUAUUCUUUUUUUAAAUUAUAAAUUCUUAGUACAUGAAAGAUUCUGUAAAAAUGGAAAGUCAAGUUCAUAAGUUAGUUAUUGGAGGUGUGAUGGGGGAAAUGAUACAGUAUACAAAGAAAUGAACAAAACUCUUUACCCUGCAUAUAAACAGUAAAUAAAAAAAGCUUGGAUGGGUUUGCCCUAAAUGUAGAUGGAUACACUAGGAAGAGGAGGGGGAUGAAGAACUCAGGGAGACUCUUCCUUUUUGUGUAGGGACAGAGUGGCUGUGGACCCAGAGCUUCUAUAUGCGUUUUCAGGGCCUGGCUAAAAUGCUCAGUAGCACACUUGGGGGGUGUGGUGUGCCAUCUUUGGGAUGUUAACAGGCACUAUCCCCUACUAACUCUGCAUACAUUUCCAUCAGCAACUGGCAUUAGAGGGUUUGCUUACUGGCCCUUCUUGAUCCAGUUUUAAUGAAUGUAUUAUCACCUGCCUCUCAAAGGUAGGCUGGCUCAGGGACCCUUUGCUUUACUGCCACUGCUUCAGUCCUUCUUACUCUUUCGCUAGAAUGCCUCACACAGUAAUAGGGCCAGAAACAUAUAUCUUGUCUCCACCUAGAUAAACAGCAGCCUGCCUAACACAGUCUCUUCCCUAGUUCCUUUGCCCCAGAUGAGUUCUUUUCUACCAAGCCCACUUUACAUGUUUACUGCACAGUGAGUGCACAUGGCACUGGGCACACUUAUGAGCAGUGAUAAAAUUUUAACCCUAUAACAACAUGUAAUAUUCACCAAUAAUUAUGGCUGUAAUAGGUCUACACUUUUAAAGACAAGGAGUUUCAGUCUAUUGGCAUAUGUUUGAUCAUACUUCGAUUACUAAAACACAGUUUACUUAGCUCUA